AUGAAGAUGCGCGAGUGCUGUAUCUGCUUCGACUUCUCAGAUCCGUUGCAAGAUCUGAAGGGCAAGGAGAUCAAGCGUACAAUGCUUAACGAGAUUGUGGACUACAUCAGCGUCAAUCGUGGUGUCAUCACAGAGGCCGUCUAUCCCGACAUAAUAAACCUGUUUGGGUACAAUGUAUACAGAACACUUCCUCCGUCCCAAAAUCCUUCGGGAGAGGCGUUUGACCCGGAAGAAGACGAGCCGGUUCUCGAAUCGUCAUGGCCCCAUCUACAGGUCAGUUAA